AUGCAUUCAAUUCUAUAUCUCAGGGAUUAUCGAUUUUUCGCGAAUAGUUCAAGAAAGCGCAAUGUUGUUGAAAUUUCUGGAAGGCAGUUAUUGCAAAGAAACAUCCACCGAAUAAUAGUGAUGCAUCGAAGAAUGAUUGCUAUCAGUGAUUCUGGGAAUGGACACAUAACUUCAUCGUCGGUGAAGAUUAUGGGCCACGAGCAGUGCUGGAAGCAGAAGAACAUUCAGAAGGACUUAUACUGCGAUCUGUGCAUACUAUCGCUCAGCAACAGAAGAAUAGUGUUUCUCAUAAGCAUUCACUCCAUUGUCGAAAGGAAUUAUGGGAAGCGUGACACUACAAUGCUCGAGUGCAGUUGA